UUAAUAAGCAGAAGCUUCAUCAUGUCGUGGUCGAUACACUUGUGCGCGAUUUUGCUUCUUGCAAGCAAUUCCUUUGCUAAAAUACAUAAUAAGGCAUGGUGGAAUAAUACCGUUUUCUAUCAAGUUUAUCCGAGGAGUUUGUAUGACUCGGAUGGCGAUGGCAUAGGUGACUUGAAAGGAAUAACUUCAAAGUUGGAAUAUUUUGCGGAAACUGGCAUCAAUGCAAUCUGGUUAUCGCCCAUAUAUCCAAGUCCCAUGGUCGACUUCGGUUACGACAUAUCUGAUUUCGUUGAUGUUGAUCCGAUCUUUGGUUCAUUGGAAAACUUCAAAGUUCUUCUAGCGCGUGCUAAAGAACUCGGUUUAAAGGUGGUUCUCGAUCUUGUGCCAAACCACACUUCUGACAAGCAUGUUUGGUUUAAAAAGGCUCUUCAACGUCAUCCAAGGUACAAGAAUUAUUAUAUAUGGGCAAAGGGCAAAAAUAAAGAUGAUAAAACGCCGCCUAAUAAUUGGAUAAGUGUAUUUGGUGAUUCCGCAUGGACUUAUGUUGAAUCACACAAACGAUGGUAUUUUCAUCAAUUCGAAUAUAGACAGCCUGAUUUAAACUUCCGUAAUCCUUUAGUACGAGCAGAGAUGAUCAAUGUAUUGAAAUUUUGGCUGGAUUUGGGUAUAGAUGGAUUUCGCGUUGAUUCUGCUCCAUUUAUUUAUGAAGAUCCUAAAUUACGGGAUGAACCUAGAAGUUUUGCAGAAGGAACCACGCCGCGAGAUUAUAAUUAUUUAAAUCAUAUUUACACUACGGAUUUAGAAGAGACUUAUGAGUUGUUUGAGGAGUGGCGACAAUUUGCGGAUUUGUAUGCUGCUGUUCAUAAUCAAGAUCAGAAGUUGAUAGUGAUGGAGGCGUACACCAAUUUGGAGAACACCAUAAAAUAUUAUGAUUACAAUGUGCUGCCUUUUAAUUUUGAAUUUAUUAUAAAACUGAAAGCACAAUCAACUACGAGGGACUUUAAACGAGAAAUGGAUAUAUGGAUGGAUUUAAUGCCAAAAGGUGAAGUCGCUAGUUGGGUGUUAGGAAAUCAUGAUAAUCCGCGCGUUGCUUCUCGUUUUCCUAAUAGAGUGGAUCAGAUGACUAUGUUAUCUAUGAUAUUACCGGGUAUGGCGGUGACAUAUAACGGCGAUGAAAUCGGCAUGGUGGAUAAGAGAGAUAUAUCCUGGAUUGACACACAGGAUCCUCAAGCAUGCAUCGCUGGUCAAGCGAAAUACCAAAAUAUAUCUCGCGAUCCUGAACGUACGCCAUUCCAAUGGGAUGCGACGAAAAAUGCAGGUUUUAGCACAGCAAACUCGACAUGGCUUCCGGUAAAUCAGAACUACAAGACAUUGAAUUUGGCAAAUGAAAAAGCAGCUGCCGAAUCACACUACAAGAUUUAUAAGACCUUAGCUUAUAUGCAUCGUACAGAACCAGCUCUUACCGAAGGAAGUUAUAAAUCAAUCACGGCAAAUAAUGAUAACGUUUUGGGUGUAAUCCGAAGCAAUGUUUGGCGUGUCGUGGUGCUUUUGAUUAACUUCAGUAAUGAUAGACCACAAGUCGUCGAUUUAUCACAAGAAGGACUUCCUUCGAACCUGAAAGUUAAAGUCGCCAGUUUAGGUUCUAACGUGAAACCUGAAACAAUAGUUGACAUCAAGAAGAUAUCUCUACCUGCGAAGGCUGCUGUAGUAUAUACAACCAUAUAAACACGUUAUUGUAUUUCCAAAAUACAUAUCUAUUUUUUAAAAAUAUUUUUCUGACUGGUUUAUUUUUAUCACUAAUUGAUAGAAACUUUUACGUUUGUGAAUUGUAAAGUUUCAUGCACAAAGUUAUGUAAAAAAGAAUAAAUAAAAAAAUUUAAUUAAU